CUUUCUGUAUCAGCUUCCUCUGCCCUCUCACAGCUGUGGCUUUCUCUUCUCUCUCAGAGGGACCCUGGAAGGCAGACUGUCCUAGGGCAGGAGGACAGAAUGUCGCUGCACCUGAUGCUGCUGCUGCCUGUGCUGUGGGGAGUGCCCACGGCUCAGGAUCAGAGGUACCAGCUGAAACUAUGGGAGUCCGUGACAGUGCAGGAGGGCCUGUGUGUCCUCGUGCCCUGCAAAUUUUCCUAUCCCUGGACUGUCUUUGGAACCCUCCACAUGUUUUGGUUCCAGAAAGGGGCGGAUAGAAACCGUAAUUCUCUGGUGGCCACAAACAAAGAGAAACAGAAACUGUAUGAGAGCACCCAGGGCCGGUUCUUCCUCCUCGGGGACCCCCAGGCCUACAACUGCUCCCUGAGCAUCAGAGACGUCAACAUGGGGGACAGUGGGACAUACUUAUUUCACAUGAAGAAUUCCUACAGGAAAAACUCGUAUCAGGAUAAGACACUCUCUGCGUCUUUGACCCACAGGCCCGAAAUCCUUAUGUCAGGGCGCCUGGAGUUUGGCCUCCCCAGGAACCUGACCUGCUCUGUGUCCUGGGCCUGUGAGCAGGGCACACCCUCCAUCUUCUCCUGGACGUCAGCUGCUCUCACCUCCCUGGGCCCCAGGACCCUCCUCUCCUCUGUGCUCACUCUCACCCCACGGGCCCAGGACCAUGGCACCAACCUCACCUGUCAGGUGAAUUUCCCUGCAGCUGGUGUGACUGUGGAAAGGACCAUCCAGCUCAACGUCACCUAUGCUCCACAGAACAUGGUGAUCAACAUUGCCCAAGGAAACAGCAGAGCCCUCAAGAUCCUGCAAAACACCUCGACCUUUCCCGUCCUGGAGGGCCAGGCUGUGCGGCUGCUCUGUGUGGCUGACAGCAACCCCCCUGCAGAGCUGAGCUUGUUCCAGGGGUCCCCAGCCCUGAACGCCACACCCAUAACCACCACCACCAUCCUGGAGCUGCCUUCCAUAGGAACUAUAGGAGGAGACUUCACCUGCCUCACUCAGCACCCGCUGGGCUCCCAAAAUAUAUCUGUGAGCCUCUCCAUGACCCCCCCACAACUGCUGGGACCCUCUUGCUCCUUGGAGGACCAGGGUCUGCACUGUGGCUGCUCAUCCCGAGCCCAGCCGGCCCCCUCCCUGCACUGGUGGCUGGGGGAGGGUCUGCUGGAGGAGAACAGCAGCAACGCCUCCUUCACGGUCACCUCCAGCUCCACCAGGCCCUGGGCCAACAGCUCCCUGAGCUUCAGUGGGGGGCUCAGCUCUGUCCUCAGACUCAGCUGCGAGGCUGCAAAUGUCCAUGGAGCCCAGAUUGCCACUGUCCUGCUGCUGCCAGGUAAACCAGAACCCAGGGCCAGUGGGGUCCUGGGAGCAGUCGGGGGAGCUGGCAUCAUCACCCUGCUUUCUCUCUGCCUCUGUCUCUUCUUCAGUUGAGAAGUGAAGACUUGCAGGAAGAAGGCAGCCCAGCCAGUGCAGAGCAUGGACGACGUGAACCCAGACGAGGGUUUAGGUUCCGGGGCGGAUCAGCACGAGUUCUGGACAGACUCCCCUUCAGACCACCCAGCCCCUGCUGGGGCGAGCCCCAUCUCAGGAGAGGAACCAGAGCUCCACUAUGCUUUUCUCACAUUUCACAAGCCCCACAAACAAAAAGGGACCAACACCGAGUACGCAGAGAUCAAGACACACAAGUGA